AGAGGAAGACGAGGAUGAAGAAUUGUUAAGGUCAGAAGAAGGAGGAAGUAUGUGGGAUGAUGAUCAACCUUUAUCUACAAAUAAUAAACAUCAUAAAGGAGGAGGAAUUGUUAGUGGAAGAAGUUCAAAAGCUGCAGCUACAGCAAAAUGGAUGAUUGAACAUUGUGUUGAUAGACUUUCUUUGGGAGGUAAUGAUGAGGCUAUGGAAAAUGGAGAAAAGAGUCGUCGUUUGGAAAAUAAAAAUGGUGGGGGUCAUCAACAUAAACAAGCAGCAAUUAUUGCUAGCAGUAAAUUCCAUACAAGUACGGGAGACUAA